GAGCGUGACGGACGUGCGAUGACGGGCUCCGUCGGAGCGGCUACAGCGGCUAUUGCCAGCCGCGGCAACAGGAACUUUUCAUCUGAAGAAGGCUACGAGUUGAUUUUGCCGAAUUUGCCAACAGGUCGUUUUGUUGUUAAUACAGUUUUUCUUCACGGAGAUGUUCAAGCGCGGCCUUACCGAGUCGAAGAUUUUCGCGACGCGUUGUCUGGUAUGUCGCUGCUUCCAGAAGUGAUCGCCUUAGGGGCGUAUCGGAUGAGCCACGUGUGGGCCGUAACCUUCAGUAAUGCCGAAGCCGUGAAGAAGUUACUCGCCGCGAGUGAAUUGAAGGUCAAGGGCCGGCGCUGCGUCGUCAUUGAUCCUGGAAACCAAGAUGUAAAGAUGAAAGUGCACUGGCUGUUGCACAACGUUCCAGAUGAUGACGUGCGGGUGGCCUUCCUUCCUUAUGGAAAAGUGACAGACAUUAGCAGAGAGCGGUGGCGAGUACACGGAAUCAGUGACAAGGGGUCCACAACCAGGUUGGUGUCCAUGCGUCUCAAGGCAGGCGUUAAGCUGGAAGAUCUACCACACCAGCUGAACGUCGCAGGUGAACAAGCUUUGGUGGUCGUAUCAGGCCGUCCGCCGAUGUGCCUGCGCUGUCAUGCAACGGGGCACAUUCGCCGCGACUGCCGGGUUCCAAAAUGCAGUGCCUGCCGUAGAUUCGGACAUGAAGAAGGUCAAUGCCCUAAAACGUACGCCAGCGUCGCUGGGCCUACGAGUGGCGAGGAUUCAUCCGAACUUCUCAUGGAUGAAAACGACGCUGAAGAAGCUUCGAAGCCGUCAAAAGACACCACAGUCCGCAAAAUGGUAACGCUGGCAGCCAACAAACCCUUUUUGGAGGAAAGGCGUCAACCAGCAGAGCGCGAACGGGAUACCAAAGACCAGGCCGUGGAAAAAGCCACCACAUCGAAGGACGCCUGUCAAGCUAUCAGCGAGGAUACAAAAGUGGAGGAAACCCAAGAGACCUGCAUGGACGUCGUCGAAAGCCUCACUGGACAGUCCACCAAGCGGCCAUUGGAGGAGAGCGUCGAGGAAGCAGACAAAGGAGUUGAAGAGACAGAACCACCGCCGAAGGGACUCUGCAUAAGACGGUCUUCAGUGAAGCAGAGGCCGUAUUUUUCCGCUGAGCGGCGGCCGGCGGAAAAACCUCCGUCUUAA